CCCGUCGCCGUUGCAGUUUUCCCGCACCAGUCUGUUGCAACACGUCGGGAGUUAUUUGCAGAGAAAAAAUGCCGAAACGAGCUUGUCCUUUUCCGGAAACCUUCUCCUCUCAAUACAAAAUACAUGUCGGACAACAGGAGCUGAGUAAUUAUAGCGUGUUUGGGAACAAAUACCGGGAAGAAAUAUACGCAAAGACAAAAAACUUGCUCUUCAACGGUGCUAAGGUUGUGAUGGGCACAGUAUGGACUGGAGAGGAGAGGUCCGCUGGCCAAGUGGAGACUCCUGCAUGCAGCCAGUCACUGCUCAGAGGACAGACACUGAUCGCACAUGACGGGAGACUGACGCGAGCCAACGCUGCACAAGGUUCACCAGUGGCUCUUACAUGCUGCUGUGUGUGUCAGAAAAGCCAGGGGUCCAGGACACCAUGCUCCCAAUGUGAUCGCCUAGCCUGUCCCUCCUGCACACGACAGUGUUCCUGCUGUUCUAGCCACUGCUGCUCUGUCUGCACCAUCAUAGAUUACAGCGGGCAAUACGAUGAAGUACUGUGCUGCAGUUGCUCGACGUGAAGGAAGACUGACUGAGAUCAGGAGUUUGUUAUGUAGUGGCCUCACAUAAUAAUUCUAAGACUGCAUUUUAUACCCAUUUUUGUUUUUUUUUGUCGUCCAAAUGUUUUCUUCUGUAUAUUGCAUUCCUAAAGUAACUGAAAUAAACUUUAACACUUUUGUAUACAGUU